AUGGGCCCAUUGGUCAGCUGGAGAGAUAUCCAGCACCUGCUGGUCAAGACGUCCAGGCCUGUCCACCUGAAGGCCAACGACUGGAAGACCAACGCAGCCGGACACAGAGAUCCCCAGCAGAGACCCACCAGCAUUCAGAGAUCCCCAGCAUUCAGAGAUCCCCAGCAUCAGAACCCCAGCAUUCAGAGAUCCCCCAGCAUUCAGAGAUCCCCCAGCAUUCAGAACCCCAGCAUUCAGAGACCCACCAGCAUUCAGAGAUCCCCCAGCUUUCAGAGAUCCCCCAGUAUUCAGAGAUCCCUCAGCAUUCAGAGAUCCCCCAGCAUUCAGAGAUCCCCCAGCAUUCAGAGAUCCACCAGCAUUCAGAGACCCACCAGUAUUCAGAGAUCCCCCCAGCAUUCAGAGAUCCCCCAGCAUUCAGAGAUCCCCCAGCAUUCAGAGAUCCCCCAGCAUUCAGAGAUCCCCCAGUAUUCAGAGAUCCCCCAGUAUUCAGAGAUCCCCCAGCAUUCAGAGAUCCCCCAGCAUUCAGAGAUCCCUCAGCAUUCAGAGAUCCCCAGCAUUCCAGAGAUCCCCCAGCAUUCCAGAGAUCCCCCAGCAUUCAGAGAUCCCCCAGCAUUCAGAGAUCCCCAGCAUUCAGAGAUCCCCCAGUAUUCAGAGAUCCCAGCAUUCAGAGCAUCCUGGCAUUCAGAGAUCCCCCAGCAUUCAGAGAUCCCCCAGCAUUCAGAGAUCCCCCAGCAUUCAGAGAUCCCCCAGUAUUCAGAGAUCCCCCAGUAUUCAGAGAUCCCCAGCGUUCAGAUCCCCAAUUUCAAGGUCCCCAGCAUUCCGAGAUCCCUCAGCAUUCAGAGAUCCCCCAGUAUUCAGAGAUCCCCCAGUAUUCAGAGAUCCCCCAGUAUUCAGAGAUCCCCCAGCUAUUCAGAGAUCCCCCCAGUAUUCAGAAGAUCCCCAGCAUUCAGUCCCCAGCAUCCAGCAUCCCAGUAUUCAGAGAUCCCCAGCAUUCAGAGAUCCCUCAGUAUUCCAGAGAUCCCCCGUCAUUCAGAGAUCCCUCAGCAUUCAGAGAUCCCCCAGCAUUCAGAGAUCCCCCAGUAUUGCAGAGAUCCCCCUAGCAUUCCAGAGAUCCCCCAGCAUUCAGAGAUCCCCCAGCAUUCAGAGAUCCCCCAGCAUUCAGAGAUCCCCAGCAUUCAGAGAUCUAGCUUCAGAGAUCCCCCAGCAUUCAGAGAUCCCUCAGCAUUCAGAGAUCCCCCAGAAGCAUUGAGAUCCCCAGCAUUCAGAGGUCCUCGACCGUUCAAGUCCCCAGCAUUCAGAGAUCCCCCUGAUAUUCAGGAAUCCCACAGCAUUCAGAGAUCCCCCAGCAUUCAGAGAUCCCCAGCAUUGAAUCCCUCAGCAUUCCAGAGAUCCCCCAGUAUUCCAGAGAUCCCCAGCGAUUCAGAGAUCCCUCCUUGCAUUCAGAGAUCCACCAGCAUUCAGAGAUCCCUCAUAGCAGCCACACCAGACCUCACCACAUGCCACCGAGAGCUGAAGCCACUGUGA